UGUCUCUCUUGUUUGCCAAUUUUUUCUCUAAGGCAGGGUUUUUUAACUUUGACACUAUUGACAUUUUGGACUGGUUAAUUCUUUUUUGUAGGGGACUGUUCCAUGCAUUUGUAAGAUGUUUAGCAGUUCCUGGCCCUAACCUACUAGAUGUCAGCAGCACCCGUCUCCAGUUGUGACAAACAAAAAUACCUCUAGACAUUGAUAAAUGCCCCCUCGGGGGAAAAUUGCCUCCAUUUGAGAACUACUACUCUGAAGAAUAAAAUAGCAUAUGGCAAAUAAAAGACACUCACCAAAUAUUUUUGGAUUGACUGAAGACAGGAAAGAACAGUCUUCCACAAAAUGUACCACUUGUGAUGCUUUGAAUAUCUAGGGAAUCGUCAUCCAGGGACCUGCCAGAAACCACAAGAAAACAUGGGGAGGGUUUUCCUCACGGGAGAAAAAGCCAAUUCCGUAUUAAAACGCUACCCAAGAGCUAAUGGGUUUUUUGAAGAAAUAAGACAGGGCAACAUUGAGCGUGAGUGCAAAGAAGAAUUCUGUACAUUUGAAGAAGCAAGAGAAGCUUUUGAAAAUAAUGAAAAAACUAAGGAGUUUUGGAGCACCUACACAAAAGCGCAACAAGGGGAGAGUAACCGAGGAAGUGACUGGUUUCAAUUUUACCUUACCUUUCCAUUAAUCUUUGGCCUCUUCAUUAUCCUCCUUGUCAUUUUCCUAAUCUGGAGAUGCUUCCUAAGAAACAAAACUCGUAGACAGACAGUGACUGAAGGCCACAUUCCUUUCCCUCAGCACCUUAAUAUUAUCACCCCACCCCCCCCACCAGAUGAAGUGUUUGACAGCAGUGGAUUGUCUCCAGGCUUUCUGGGAUACGUAGUUGGGCGCUCAGAUUCCGUCUCUACUCGCCUGUCCAAUUGUGAUCCCCCACCAACCUAUGAGGAAGCUACUGGCCAGGUGAACCUGCAGAGGAGUGAAACAGAACCUCAUUUAGACCCACCCCCGGAGUAUGAGGACAUAGUCAACUCCAACUCAGCCAGUGCCAUUCCUAUGGUGCCUGUGGUCACCACCAUCAAAUGAAGCUGCAAACUUCUUUUUACUCUAAUCAUUUUUAAAAUACUAAUGAAAGAACUUUCUAGCACUUUACCACUACAUAAAUGUUCAUUGACUUAUUUUAUUGGACUCUUACAGCAUACCACUUCAUACUUUCUGGUUUUAUUUUCUUUAGUUUUGUUUCUUGUUGUAGAAUCAUUAUCCAUGCUCAUUUUUGCUAGGGGAAAUAUAUGAACAGGGAAAACACUAACGGGGUCUUUCUGUGAUGUGAUGAGACAUACAUGUAAGUGUAUAUAUGUGUGUAUAGGCAUAUAUACAUAUGUAUGUAUCAACACAGUAUAUGUAAAACUGUCUUAAAAAUCCAUUAACUUCUACCUAAAUCACCUGGAAAGAGAGCAUUACUCACCAAAAUUGCAAAACAAGGGUACCAAGAAUUUGUGUAAUAGCCAGUGACAUGCUGUAGAUUUUUGCAAACUGGAUAUACUUAGCAUGUUUUCUAAUUCUGACUGGCUUUUGUUAACUUGAUAAUUCUUCAUCUACCUUAAAAAGAAAAAAAUUACACAUACUCAUUCUUGAUGUUAGAAAGAGAAAGAGUGUGUGUGAGCAAUAAUGCGUAAGCUACUGAUAACUUGCUUACAGCAGAUAGCAAUAAGGUCUUUGGUAGCAUUCCGCUUGUUUUGUAAUAGGGAUUUUCUUUUUGGUUGACCUCUCCCCCCCGACUUCCAAAAUUAAACAGUGUUUUCUUAGCAUCUUGAAUAUCUCCUGUGGUGUAUAUUAACAUCUUGAUGAGACAGAUUUCCAGGCAAUGAAGUAAUUUCUAAAAUGGAUAUAUGUGUGGAUUAAUAAUAGGCAGUAGAUACCCAUUACUCCUUUACUCAUGAAUGGUAAAAUUAUUCUCACUGUUUUAUUGCCUUUUACUGUACAUUCUACACUCUCUCCUACUGCCACAGAAUUUUCAAGCCCUUAAGAGUUUAGUUAAAAUAAAAUUUUUGAAAUUAUUUUCUUAAUAUUUUUAUAUAGGCUGAUGUCUUUGCCUCAAGAUUGUUAAGAGGUAAUUUUCCAUUAAAUUAUGAACUGUGAUUUUUAUAUUGCUCUCCAAUUGGUAUAAGAAGAUUGCAAAGUCCGUGUUAUGCUAGGUUCACAAUAAAUCUAGUAAUAGCCCCACACAGAUCUCAUCAUUGUUGCGACUUCCUUUUGUAUUUUCAUCAGGUAUUUUUUUAACUGCAGUGUUUUUACUUUUUUCUUGGAGCAGAGAGAACAGGCUGUCAAUGGGUUGCCAACAUAAGCUGGCUGAGAAAUAAAAGAAAACAAGACAGUUGUAUCAUAAAGUUUCAUUUUGUAUGCACUGAUGGCAAAUUCAUUAGGUCAGUUAAGGGAAAUGUUUGUACCACUUCCAAACCUUUUCAGCGUUGGAUAAAAUGAUUGAUGAGGCAGGCAGAAGGAAUAUAGGCUUCAGGUGUGUCAUUUCCUGCUGCUUCCAGCUCCAUCCCUACGGACGCCUCCCCCAGUCCUGCCCUGGAACCAAAGGAAGGAGUAACACUGAGGGGAAUCCUGAAGUAGGAGUCAGAUGACCUGAACUCAGAUCUCCUCCAUCACAUACUUGUCACCACUGUACCUUGAGCAAGAACCAUAUCUGACCCUCAACCUCCUCAACUCUAAAAUGGGGAUAAUAUCAUCUUUACAAGGAUCAAAUGAGAUGGUAUAUAUGUAAGAAAUUUGUAAAAUGUGAAGAGCUAUCUACACUAAGUUCGUAAUGUUAUUAUUAUUGUGCUUCAAGGAUAAUUUUCCCGUUUUCCUAAAUUGUAUGAGAUCUUUCAGUGGGCUGUUAGAGAAUCCCUGUCAUGCUCUGGUCUAUUCUGAAAAUGUGCCAACUGAAAGAUGAUAGCCCAUGCAGCACAAACAGGUUUAAGCAAAUGUUGGAAAGGGAACUAAGGCAUGUGUGCUUAGUUAAUAGGUUUAGCAGCUUUCAUGGACUAAAAAUGAUUGAUUAUAUCUUGACCCUGGUCUCAGAAAUGGCAUUUUUAGUUUUGCCAUGAGCACACAUCAAUCUUUGGCUUCUAUUUAAAGCUAAAGGUAGAAGUGUUUGACCCAGUGAACUGUGUAUGUAUGUGUGGGGUAUUUUUUUGUUUAUUUUUAAAUAAAAAUUAAGACACCUUUUGUGUGGACAUUUUUUUGUCUUUAAUGUCAGGCUUUAGAUUAGAUCAGCAGUUGUCAAAGCAUCGCCCGUGGACCCCUGGGUUCCUUGAGAGCCUUUCAGGGGGGACUAUGAGAUCAAAAUAUUUUUAUUAUAAUGUGAAGACAUUAGCUUUUCACUCUAUCUCAAAAAAAGUGUUGCAAAUGUAAAACAUUGCCAUCUUCUCACAAAUCUCUUUUUCUGUUUUUGAAAAUAUGGCUAUUUUUCAUAAAAUGUUAUUUGUGUUAGCAUGUAAUGGGUUUAUUAUGUUUAAAUAAAUUAAUACUUUAAAAUUUUUCAGUUUUUUUUUAGUAUGGUAAAUAUUGAUAGAUAUAAACCUCAUGAACAAAAGCACUUUGGCAUCCAGAUCCUCAAUAAAUGUUAAGGGAAUAAAGGGGUCCAGAGACCAAAAGUUUUAGAGCUACAGGAUUAGACAUAGGAGAAGGAUAUUCUGUUACUAAGUGUGAUUCCUUGCAACUUUAUUUUACAUUUUAAACUCCUGAUAUUGGAUAUAAUGCUGCCUUUUAGAGACACUUGAAUUGCAGUAUCAGAAUGAAUGUUGAUGUUUGAAGCCAAAAAGCCAAAUGCUUAAACUGAUCAAUGACUAUAGCUUUUUAGACUGUUGGUCAAAUAACAUACUACUUCACAGUAACAGCUUUAUCAGCCAUAGAUCUCAUGGUGGCUGCUGCAUGAUAAUGAUAGGAUAAACAAAAUACCACUGUCUUCAAGAAACAUUAUCUUAGGUUUGUUUGUUUGGUUUGAGUUUGAUUUGGCUUUUAUAUUUUUUAAAAUCCCUUUUGCUACCCCAUCUGGUUUUAUAAACUAAGUUUCUUAGCAUUUGUUAAAAUUAAGGGGUUUGUUUGGAAUAAUAUAUAUUUUUUAUGCUUUUGCCUUUCUUACCUGAUUGAUAUUUCAUUCACCUUUGAUUGUUUUUUAAAAGUUUAUUUUUACAGAAUAUAUUUAGUACCUUUCUUAAGGAGUAACUGAAUUGAAUCAACCAGUUUGCAUUUAAAUAAAAGAACAGGCUCAAUGGUCUUCUUGUGGAAUGGUUUACACGUCUGCAUGUGCAGUAGUUGUGUCUGGAAUCCUAGAAUUGGCACUUUCUGCCUCUCUGCUCUAAAGGUCACAAUAAAUUAUACUUGCUUAAAGUAAAUAUAAUGAUUUCUUCUUUUCCUAUUGACCAGUACAGAUAGAGAUGUUGUGUUUGUUUCAUUUUUAAUGAUGACUUCAAGAUUGAUGAUCUGAUCCAGUAACUGUGGAGGUAGCUUUAACUUGGUUCUGUGUAAAUAGUAUGUAUUUUCUUAUAAUAUUUCACAUUUUAAGAUGCUUGGUUUACAUUAAAUUAUGGUAUUUAACUUUUUAUGUUUAUACUAGGUAGGGUCUUUCUUAUAUUUCUGUGUUUUUGGUAUGCUAAAUAAAGCUAUUUUUAAACCCAA